AUGGCUUCGAAUAUGUGUGUUUUUGUGGCACUUAAUGUUGUUGUGUUCUUUGCAGUUGUAUCUGGAUGUGAUAAGUGCUCAGCCGUGACAAACACGAGUGUCGAUACUACUGUAGUUAUUACUGCUACAACUACUCUCUCGUCCGAUGUGGGGUGUCCUCGUAACGUGCUCAAACUAGGUGUGUGCUCAAGUAUUCUAAAUGGGUGGAUGAAUUUUACGACAGGUCUACCCCCAGAGACACAAUGUUGCUCCGCAAUCGCAGACCUUUAUGGCUUAGAAGUUGCAGUGUGCCUUUGCACUGCCCUGAAAGCAAACAUUAUGGGUAUCAACCUCGAUAUUCCCAUUUCCUUUACCAAGCUUAUCAACACUUGCGAUAAGAAAGUUCCAAAUGGUUUCAUAUGUGGCUGA